AGAGAGAGAGAGAGAGAGAGAUGGCAAUGAGGCAACGUUUUGGUGGAAUCUCUAGUACCCGUCCAAGACUAUCGUCUCGUUCAAUUUAUGAAGAUUUCAAGCCCCACUUUGAAUUGAAGGAAGAGCAGGAAGCACACGUUAUACAUGUUCAUCUGCCUGGUUUUGUGAAGGAGCAAGUAAGGAUAACAUUUGCGGCUUCCCCUGGUGUAAUUAAGGUUGAUGGACAACGGCCUCUUGGGAAUAACAAAUGGAGCCGUUUCAACCAAACCUUCCCUAUUCAAGAAAAUUGCGACGUGAGUAAAAUUCAUGGCAAAUUCAACAAUCAAAUUCUUACCAUUACAAUACCAAAGCUAGGCAUCACUCAAGUAGGCCCUAAAGAAGCAGCCAAACCAAGCCAACAAGCACUACCUACCUCUUCAAAAACUCCAACUGCUUCUGCUGCUGAGCCAAAGCCACAGAAACUGCCAGAGGACCUAAUUCCGUCAAAACCUGGUUUGACAGCAACUGCAGGCCCUCAGAAAAUUAGCUCUUCUGAGCCAAAGGCACAAAAGGGUCAGGAAGUCAUUUCACAAGCAGCUACCUCUGCUGCUCAAGAUGAAAAGCAAAGGGAUAAGAGAAGUGCUCCUCCAGCUGCAGGCCCCCAGGAAGCUGCUGCUGAGCCAAAGGCACAAAACUCUACUUUUAGUGCCAGAGAUGAAAAAGAAAGGGAUGACAAGAAUGGUGGUCAUCCAUUAGGCCUUCCGAAAAGCGUUGCUGAGACAAAAGUACACAAGGAUAAGGAUGAGGCUCUUACAAAAGCAAUUUCAGCAAUCCAGAAUGAGAAACAAAGGGAUGAGAAGAGGGUGAUACCUUUGACUAGUCCUGAAGGAGGCAUAAGUGAACCUAAGUCACAAAGGGGUAAUGGGAAGCCUGCAGAACCAAAGAAUGCUGAGAGAGUUGCUGAAACCAGUCUGCAGAAGGAAAGAGAGGCCAAUGAGAGAAGCAAAGAAGCAGGGGCUGUCCCAAAGAUUUUAGAAAAGGCAAAGAGAAAGAGCAAGAGUUCUGGGAGCGCUGUUGACCGAGAGAAGCGUACAGAGGAGGAUUCCAUUGCUGCAAAUGUGAUGGCUGCUGCAAAGAAGGGCAUGAGAAAUCUAGGAGAGGGGGUGAAUGAUGAAGAGAAGCAGAUGUUGAUCAAUAUGGGAGCAGCAGUUCUUGUUCUUCUGGCACUUGGGGCUUCUGCUUCCUACAGCUUAUGGUCCUCUGGAAAACCAUGAACUAAGCCCGGCCAAUAUCUUUUUCUCAUUUGAUUACAGAUAUGUCAAACCUACCUAUCUCCGGGAGAAAUCUAUGUAAAUGGGGUUUCGUUUAUAUCCUUGGCUAGCAAGACGAUUAAUAAGAAAUGCCUGCAGUUUAUGUGUUCUUCAAUAAAAGUGUAAAGGAGAAAUUAAAGAACCAA